CUUCCCAGAUCUUUCGUAGCACCGCGAUUCGCCAUAGCCACUGCCCAGCGAGCGGCCCAGUGGUAGCUAAGCUGAGCGAGUGAGUGUGCACUGCGUGUGACACGACGACCGGUUGGCCCAUCACUAGCGCGCUAGCUAGACGUACGCACGCACGUGUCUACGCUACCUAUCUCUCUCUCCGUCGACCGACCAUGCCGGCCUUCGCCGAGCCAGCCAUUGAUCCGCCGCUGGCGGACAGCUACCGCGCGCUGCUGCGCAGCGACCAGCUCCGCCGCGGCGGCAUUGCGCCGGCGCCGGCGUCGGAGAGCGUGGCCGUGCUUGAGCGCGCCCUGCCGAUGAUCGACUUGAAGCGCCUGACGAGCGGCGACGCGGGGGAGAGGAAGGCGUGCGCGGACGCCAUGGCGACCGCGGCGUCGGAGUGGGGCUUCUUCCAGGUGAUCAACCACGACGUGGGGCGGGAGCUCCUGGAGGAGAUGCGGCGCGAGCAGGCGCGGCUGUUCCGCCUGCCGUUCGACACCAAGGAGAAGGCCGGGCUCCUCAACGGCUCGUACCGGUGGGGCAACCCGACGGCUACGUCGCUCCGGCACCUCUCGUGGUCGGAGGCCUUCCACGUUCCGCUCGCCAGCAUCUCCCGGGAGGACUGCGACUACGGGAAGCUCAGCUCCUUGAGGGGCGUGAUGCAGGAGGUGGCGGACGCGAUGUCGCGUGUGGCGGACACGGUGGCGGCGGCGCUGGCGGAGGACCUCGGGCACGAUGCGGGGGGCGGCGAGCCGGCGUUCCCGGCGGGGUGCGACGGGACGACGUGCUUCCUGCGGCUCAACAGGUACCCGGCGUGCCCGUUCGCGCCGGACACGUUCGGGCUGGUGCCGCACACGGACAGCGACUUCCUCACCAUCCUCUGCCAGGACCAGGUCGGGGGCCUGCAGCUCAUGAAGGACUCCCGCUGGGUCGCCGUGAAACCCCGCUCCGACGCGCUCAUCGUCAACAUCGGCGAUCUGUUUCAGGCGUGGAGCAACAACAGGUACAAGAGCGUGGAGCACAAAGUGGUGGCCAACGCCAAGGCGGAGCGCCUCUCCGUCGCCUACUUCCUGUGCCCGUCGUACGACUCGCCGGUCGGCACAUGCGGCGAGCCGUCCCCGUACAGGCCGUUCACCUUCGGGGAGUACCGGAGGAAGGUGCAGGACGAUGUCAAGAGAACCGGCAAAAAGAUUGGGCUCCCCAACUUUCUCAAACAGUCUCCCGUUGACGCCAUGAAUCACGGCCUCUGUUUUUAACACGUACUCAAAUCUCACCGUAGAAGCGUCGUGCGCCCGCAGUAUGGAAUCGGAGAUAAUUUCCCUUUUUUUUAGUUCUUUCUAUUUCUAUUCUAGUUUUGUUUCGCCCCUUUUGGGCCUAGGUGAUAGGUACUAUACCACGAGAUAAUGAUGGAGGAAUCAAUGGAAUAUAUAACAUGAUGCUAUGGUGAUACGUCU